CAAAAAUACAGCGGCCCACCCCGAUAUCACGUGAGGCUAAGCUUUCCAAGGGUCAAGGUCCCGUCAUGGCUACCUGGCUACGAACAUGGUCCAUCAUCGAAUCCUUCUUUGGAUAUCGAUGCUGCUCUUUCGUGUUUCGCCCCGCUGCGAUGCAGGCCAUCCUGCCGGCCGUGAGGCCACUUGACGAACGCCUACGCACGGGAAAAGAAACGGGCUGCACACCACCGGUGGACUAAUGCCGCGCUCGAGCUUUGCUGUCGCAGCGCUGGACGACAGCACCCAUCAAGUACGAGGGUGUGCAGGAUGCCGACCAAUGCCGUGAGCCUGCACGACGCGCAUGUGCCUGGACAAGCGACCGUCUCCUCGGCUGUCUUACUUUGCGACGUCUGGCUGCUGUCACUUGCCUUCCGCUUUCAGAUGACACCCGCCUGUCAGGCCACGAGCGGCUCUGCACAGCACGAUGCUAACUUUGCUCUAGGAGAACCUUCACGCCGACAGCACAUGAUUGCCAGGCUCAACAAGUCUCAGGCUCCCUUGUUGCUUGGUCUGAAAGCAGCGGUUGAGGCUGGAGACCCGCGCAACUCGGCAUAUUCUGCGCUUUGCCAUUGGGAGCCUAGAGCGGUGUGGCACAGCUGGACCUCCGAAGACCACACCAGCGAGAAACCUUCUCUUUUCCGCUCCGCCCUCGCCCUGUGACAAGAGACCGGGUUUGGGCGAAUCGCAGUCGUGUUCUCCCUUUGCAGAAUCUCCGC